UCUUGGAUUUGGGUGACUGUCCAGGCUUGUGUGGGUGUUUGUUUCUGGCUGUGACCUUGUUUGUUUCUGGCUGUGACCUUUCACCUAGAAGUGUGAGUCAGGAAGUUCAGGUGAUUAGCUGUGGGCGGAGCUAGUCAGAGCUUGGAGUGCAGCGACUGAGGAAGGAGCAGAAGGGCUGCUGCCUCUUGGAUUUGGGUGACUGUCCAGGCUUGUGUGGGUGUUUGUUUCUGGCUGUGACCUUGUUUGUUUCUGGCUGUGACCUUUCACCUAGAAGUGUGAGUCAGGAAGUUCAGGUGAUUAGCUGUGGGCGGAGCUAGUCAGAGCUUGGAGUGCAGCGACUGAGGAAGGAGCAGAAGGGCUGCUGCCUCUUGGAUUUGGGUGACUGUCCAGGCUUGUGUGGGUGUUUGUUUCUGGCUGUGACCUUGUUUGUUUCUGGCUGUGACCUUUCACCUAGAAGUGUGAGUCAGGAAGUUCAGGUGAUUAGCUGUGGGCGGAGCUAGUCAGAGCUUGGAGUGCAGCGACUGAGGAAGGAGCAGAAGGGCUGCUGCCUCUUGGAUUUGGGUGACUGUCCAGGCUUGUGUGGGUGUUUGUUUCUGGCUGUGACCUUGUUUGUUUCUGGCUGUGACCUUUCACCUAGAAGUGUGAGUCAGGAAGUUCAGGUGAUUAGCUGUGGGCGGAGCUAGUCAGAGCUUGGAGUGCAGCGGCGCGCGCCUAGCGGCGCGCGCAGUUUGACCCAUCUUUUUGACCUAGGGCAUCAAGUCUCAUACGUUUGUUAGGGGGGACCUAGGCCUCUUCCUCUUUCCCCCUUGACCUCAAGGUUUUCAAGAUGGAGGUGGAGGGAACAACCAUUGUCACCUGCAAUUCGUGUGCAAUGUUUGUUUUCUUGCCAAAGGAUGUGGGUAGCUACACCUGCAACAAUUGCAAGUUGGUUGCCCUACUAGAAAACAAGGUUGCCCUUCUGGAAGAGAAGGUGCAGCAGCUUCAGGGGCGUGUAUCUACGCUCCAGAGAAUUAAAGAGCUGGAGCUUUUCUUGGAUGCAGCAGAGCACACUGCCUGCACCAAGGAGGAGACAGGGGAUCUCCCUGAGGAGGAGGUCAGUUCCCCAACACAGCAGCCAGAUGUAUGGAGGAACGUGACUCAUAGAAGUAGAAGGCCCAGGGAUCGCUCUGAGUGCUUAGAAUUACACAACCGUUUUGAAGUGCUCAUGGAAGACGAGGAACAGACUCCACCUGAGGAUCUCUCCCUCAUCACAGUUGAUGAGGAAUAUGAAGACGAGCAACCAAGUCAGUCCUCUGGAAAUAUGCAGGUAACCUUGGAAGGGACAGCACAUAGAAGAAUCCCAACCAAGCCUAUGAAGAGGCGUGUAGUGGUGAUUGGGGAUUCCCUACUGAGGGGUACAGAAGCAGUGAUCUGUGGGCCUGACAAGAUGUCUCGAGAGGUGUGCUGUCUACCUGGGGCCAAGAUCAAAGAUGUAACAGAACGGCUGCAAGGAAUCAUAAAACCCACCGACAAAUACCCCUUCCUUUUGGUGCAUGUGGGAACCAAUGACACUGCAAGCCAUAGCUUACAGAAGAUCAAAAAUGAUUAUGAGGCUCUGGGCAGGAAGUUGAAGCAAUUAGAUGCACAAAUUGUCAUCUCUUCUGUCCUCCCAGUUGAACGACAUGGCCCAGGGAGAGAGGGAAAAAUAGGGGAAGUGAACAACUGGCUUCGCAAAUGGUGCAAACAGGAACGGUUUGGAUUCCUAGAUCACGGUCUGCAGUUUCUUGAAGAUGGACUUCUGGCAAGUGAUGGACUGCACCUCACAAAAGUUGGGAGGAAUGUUUUUGCCACAAAACUCAAAAACCUCAUCAGGAGGGCUUUAAACUGA